AUUGGCCGACAAGCUAGCUAACGUUAUUUUUCCUCGCAGAAACAAAAACGAAACUAGCUACAUACCGGGUGAAUUGAAAUUAGCAACAAAACUGGGAUAAUGAAGACGCGGAUAGACACGGAUUUUGUACUUGUGUUCACGUUAGUUGCCUUCAGUACUUGUUCAGGAUUCUACCUUCCGGGUAUAGCCCCAGUGAGUUUUUGUGAAGACGGUAAAGGAGGUGACGAUUGUCAGGUACAUUUACACAUUUUGUGGUUUUCUUCGAAGGAUUAACGCUUUUCAGAUGGAAGUUUUUAAUGUUACAUUUGUAUUUAGUUCUAUUUCCUUCAUACUCCUACUGGCUAGCUAGUUAGGGGGUUAGUUGCUAGUCAUGUGACACCAGAGAUACUCCUGCGCUAGCACCAAAACUAUUCACUAGCUAAACUAUCAAACUUUAGCGUACCAAUUGUUGCUAGCUUGCUAACUAGUCUUGAUUUGAAGUUGUUCACAUUAUUAGCAACUUGUGCGUCACGGCUGGCUAGUAAGCUAGCUACAAAACAUUGACUCUUGAGAACCCAAGGCAUUCUGCCUUAUCCCAAGGGUUCUCAGUUAUAAGAACCGCUUAUCGGUGGGACCAUGUGAACUACAAUCCCGAUACUCUGUUUUAACGUUUAGAAACGUCAAUCACCACUUGCGAUAACGUUUUCGAAACAUAUGGAAUUUAAAGUUUAUAUAAGUGAGAAAUAAAAAAUAUACAGUUAACGUUACUGUAGCAGGUUUGUACAGAUCGAUAUCAUAUGGCUGUGUACCUCCAGCCGACGAACUAUACUUCUUCCCCAGUUAUGCUAAGGGUACAGGUGUUUCCGCAUGCUAGAUGGCCAAUUAACACAGGCGGUCGCCUCUGUCUUCCUUAAACAAGCACUGUAACAUGGAGAUAUGACCAUGUGGGAACCCUAACCCCUAUAAAGGGUGUGUAGUAAUUUAACCUUUUUUUGUUUUUAGAAAGUUAUUUCUGGCUGAUAUGAAAGAUAAGGUCCUUUUAUGUUUCCAAAACCAUACAGCAAAAUAUGCGUGUUAAAGGCCUAGUGCGGUCAGAAACGUGAUUUUCCUGUGUUUAUCACCACACUGAGGUUGGAAUAAUACUGUGCAAAUGGUAUGCACUUUUAGUGUAAGUAAGAGCUGUUUCAAAGGUCUGCCUGAAAUUUCAGCCUGUUUUGGUGGGAUCGAGUUUUGGCCUUCCAUGGUGACAUCACCAUGUGGUAAAUUAGUUAAUAGACCAAUAAGAGAGUUCCAAACCUCUCUGGCAAUAACAGCUAAUUAUCAGUUUUCCCCUCACCACUCAGUCCACUCCCAGACAGUCCUAGCAACAUUCUUGCUUGAGAAAUUGCUCUAACUAAGAAGCUAUUUUUUGACAAUUUUGAUUAAAAACAAUCACAGUAAGGUACUUAAAGGUGCUACACAUGUUUCUUUUUGAAUUUUUGCAUUGCAAUUUCAGAAAAUGUCCAUAAUGUAUCUGGCGCUAAUAGUGGAACGAUAGUUUCACAAUAUUACUUGACCGCCAGUGUUGUGAUUGGCCAUGAUAUUCGCCAAAACCACUGGUAACUUUGGUUUUGGUUCACCAGCUUCAAACAGCUGUAAAAAUGAUAUUUGUUGUUAUUGAAAAUAUGGUACAAUGAUUCCCUACACUGUUCAGUGCUUGUUGUCUCACAUAAACUGAAAUUGAGAGAACAGUGUAGAGCGAUUUCCACUAGAUAACACACGGCCACAAAGUCAGAACAGCUUUCCCAGUUUGACAACCGAUGCCAGCGGGAGAGAUCAAUAGGCAAAUUUCACAGCCAAUCACAAUAAGUAAUACUGUGAAACACUAUCAAUCCACUAUUAGCACCACAUAUAUUAUGGACAUUUUCUGAAAUAACAAUGCAAAGAUUCUAAAAAAUCCUAUGUGUAGCACCUUUAAUGAAAUGAUUUGAUGUUGAGAUAAAAAUGUCUGCAUUGGGCCUUUAACUUUCAGAACAAGUGUCGGCUCUUAACAAAACUUCCCUGGCAAGUGGAUACCUUUAUGAAUAGACGCUAGUGGUAGUUAGCAUCUAUGAAUGGGCUACACCAGGGGUAGGCAACUCUGGUUCUGGAGUGCCACAGGCACUUCAUGUUUUUGAUUGAACCGACCUGGAAGACUAGGUGUGUUGAAUUUAGGCAAUCACUGAACUGAUCAAUUAGCUCAGUUGGUCAGGCUUGGUGCCUAGUUGGAUAAAAAAUCAUGCACGGCACUCUGGGAACAGGGAUGCCUACCCCUGUACUACACAAACAUGACAUGCAAUGCAUUCAUAUCUUUACAUAAGGUUGACGAACAAGUCUGUUAAGAUUGUCUGGUUGUACGUAAGUUAGGGCCAGUGUUUCCCAAUCCUGGUCCUCGAGGACACCCAACAGUACACACUUUUAUUGUAACCCUGGACAAGCACACCUGAUUCAACAUGUCAACUAAUCAUCAAGCCCUCAAUGAGCUGAUUUAAGGUGUGUUUGUCCAGGGCUACAACAAAAAUGUGUACUGUUGGGGGUACUGGAAGACCAGGGUUGGGAAACACUGAGUUAGGCUAUAGCUAACUAGCAGAGUCUGUAGCUAGAAUAAUGAAUGGAAUACAUAUUGUAAGUUAUUUAGUUGGAAGGUCAGGCCCCUAUGUAGUUUAUAAUGAUACAGAUUAUAAUGGUUGACAACAAUAUCAAUACUGACAACCCAGUAAUGAUCCACGUCUUCACUUGAGUAGUUCCAUGUUAUUUCAGCAAGCCAUGACACCCACCAUCUCAGAUUGUUCUGAAAUCAUUUCUGUAGUUAGGAACAGUUAAGAUUGGCAUUCCUGAAACAUUAUUUUGUUGACUUUUAAUUUGAUCUUUGAGAAAUUAAGCUAAUUGAUUGCACCUAAAUUGGCCAUUGAAAUGUAUAGGAUUCAGAUAAUAUUCAAUAAAUAUAGUACCCAACAUCCGAUUAGGACCAAACUUCUUCCUAUCAAUGAGUAAGACAUUUGGAAUCCAAAAGAAUGUCCAAAAGCCACCCACGGACCCCCUGAGAUGGUGGGUGUCGAAAUCCUCUUUCUUGUGCUUUUUGAAGUGGAACGACCCCCUUGUCAUUGCACUGUAGUAUGCUUAUUAGUCCCGAUUGUGGCAUUUACAUAGAAAAAACCCUGAAACGUCUGUCUGUCACAAAUGUUUACAAAAAAAAAAAAAUUGAACUUACUCUGCCGAUUGCACAUAUAUAUGUGAUUACAUGACUUGCAUGAGCGGUGCCCUUUUGACAGUUGUUUUCCCACUAAUUGCAUUAUGGGCCGAACAUUCUCCCAUAGUCUACUGCCUUGUGCGUAUUGCUGCGCUUAUAAUGUGAAGAAAUAAUAGUUUAUCAACAUGACCAAUGCAUACUAGCCGUAGUCUUGCAGGUGUUUUAUAUGGUUUAGUGCAUGCGCCAGUUAAUUGAAAUCUCAACUUCAGCACCGGCCCUCUAAAAAGUCAGGUAAAUAAUACUUUCCUGUGGAUAUUUUGUCUCAAAUUUCGACCAUCUUAAGGAUCAACCCCAUGGACAAUCGGCAGAGUAAGUUCAAAUAUAAUUUUAUUUAACACUUUUGCUUGUAUGGAAACUUUCCAGGUUUUUGCAGUGCAUUGUUUGACUGUAUCCCAGUAAGUCAUAUCACUCUGAUUUAUUAGGCAACAUGCCUGUAUGACCAUCUCUCUCCUUCCUUACAGACUCUCAUCCAGCUAUUUGUGAAUCGCUUGGACUCAGUGGAAUCAGUUCUGCCAUAUGAAUAUGACGUGUAAGUAGUAGCCAAUGUUAUUAUAGUUUUGUGUUUUUGUAUUAGUUUUUCUUUCUAUCUGUAGCUCAGCUGGUAGAGCACGGCGCUUGUAACGCCAAGGUAGUGGGUUCGAUCCCCGGGACCACCCAUACACAAAAAAUGUAUGCACGCAUGACUGUAAGUCGCUUUGGAUAAAAGCGUCUGCUAAAUGACAUAUUAAUAUUAAUUAAUCUUUAAUUUUUAUUUGAAAUUCAGUUUAGUUUCAGUUUAAAGACCUGAUUGGCUAUUUUUUAUUUAGUUUCAGUUUUAGUGUUAGUGUUCGUGACCGAAAGCAUGCGUGGGAGGUCAUUUCCAGAUCAUGAGAGCAUGUCAAAUAAAAGCUAAGAGUCUAUAUUUUUUCGAAAUUAAGGCAUACAGUGCAUUCCGAAAGUAUUCAGACCCCUUGACUUUUUCCACAUUUUGUUACGUUACAUCCUUAUUCUAAAAUUGAUUAAAUUAAAAUUUUCCCUCAUCGAUCUACACACAAUACCCCAUAAUGACAAAGUGUAAACAGGUUUUUAGAAAUUUUUGCAUAAAAUAGAAUAACGUAUUUACAUAAGUAUUCAGACCCUUUGCUAUGAUACUUGAAAUUGAGCUCAGGUACAUCAUGUUUCCAUUGAUCAUCCUAAAUCAUCCUUCUACAGCUUGAUUGGAGUCCACCUAUGGUCAAUUCAAUUGAUUGGACAUGAUUUGGAAAGGCACACACCUGUCUAUAUAAGGUCCCACAGUUGACAGUUCAUGUCAGAGCAAAAACCAAGCCACGAGGUCGAAGGAAUUGUCCGUAGAGCUCCGAGAUAGGAUUGUGUCGAGGCACAGAUCUGGGAAAGAGUACCAAAAAAUUUCUGCAGCAUUGAAGGUUCCCCAAGAACACAGUGGCCUCCAUCAUUCUUAAAUGGAAGAAGUUUGGAACCACCAAGACACUUCCUAGAGCUGGCCGCCCGGCCAAAAUGAGCAAUCGGGGGAGAACCUUCCAGAAGGACAACCAUCUCUGCAGCACUCCACCAAUCAGGCCUUUAUGGGAGAGUGGCCAGACAGAAGCCACUCCUCAGUAAAAGGCACAUGACAGCCUGCUUGGAGUUUGCCAAAAGGCUCGUAAAGGACUCUGACAAUGAGAAACAAGAUUCUCUGGUCUGAUGAAACCAAGAUUGAACUCUUUGGCCUGAAUGCCAAACGUCACAUCUGGAGGAAACCUGGCACCAUCCCUACGGUGAAGUGUGGUGGUGGCAGCAUCAUGCUGUGGGGGUGUUUCUCAGCGGCAGGGAUUGGGAGACUAGUCAAGAUCGAGGGAAAAAUGAACGUAGCAAAGUACAGAGAUCCUUGAUGAAAACCUGCUCCAGAGCACUCAGGCCCUCAGACUGGGGUGAAGGUUCACCUUCCAACAGGACAACAACCCUAAGCACACAGCCAAGACAACGCAGGAGUGGCUUCGGGACAAGUUAAGGGGUCUGAAUGUCCUUAAGUGGGCCAGCCAGAGCCCAGACUGCCUGUUAAAUGUCCAGCUCCACAUUUUCCUAAUGAAAAAUCCAGCAACACUUCUAUUUAGUUCAGGAUAAUAUUUUCUGCCUUCUGUAAGUUGAAGAAACAUUGCCUUGUGCCUUGAAAUUCCGUUAACAAAAACCCACAUAUCUUUAAGAUAUUUUCUAAUUUCUCUCCCCCAUGGGGUGGGAGCAUAAUGUAAGUUCAGAGGAACAAGUAGUGGUAGACCUACCAAUCAGUUAGUGAUUUUGGCCCAAACAUAGACCUCCAUGAUUGGUUCAAAUUUGUUCUGGAACAGAUGUCUGUGUUUCACAAGUUUCAACAGCACAGAUUGAUGAGAAGAAAAAAAACAAUUUAAUCCAUAUUAGAAUAAGGCUGUAAAAAAGUCAAGGGGUCUGAACUUUCUGAAUGUGGUGUGUGUGUGUAUAUGUACAGUUGAUUUCGGAAGUUUACAUACACUUAAGUUGGAGUCAUAAAAACUUGUUUUUCAACCACUCCACAAAUGUCUUGUUAACUAACUAUAGUUUUGGCAAGUCGGUUAGGACAUCUACUUUGUGCAUGACACAAGUAAUUUUUCCAACAAUUGUUUACAGACAGAUUAUUUCACUUAUAAUUCACUGUAUCACAAUUCCAGUGGGUCAGAAGUUUACAUACACUAAGUUGACUGAGCCUUUAAACAGCUUGGAAAAUUCCAGAAAAUGAUGUCAUGGCUUUAGAAGCUUCUGAUAGGCUAAUUGACAUCAUUUGAGUCAAUUGGAGGUGUACCUGUGGAUGUAUUUCAAGGCGUACCUUCAAACUCAGUGCCUCUUUGCUUGACAUCAUGGGAAAAUGAACAGAAAUCAGCCAAGACCUCAGAAAAAAAAUUGUAGACCUCCACAAGUCUGGUUCAUCCUUGGGAGCAAUUUCCAAAUGCCUGAAGGUACCACGUUCAUCUGUACAAACAAUAGUACACAAGUAUAAACACCAUGGGACCACGAAACCAUCAUACCGCUCUGGAAGGAGACGUGUUCUGUCUCUUAGAGAUGAACGUACUUUGGUGCGAAAAGUACAAAUCAAUCCCAGAACAACAGCAAAGGACCUUGUGAAGAUGCUGGAGGAAACAGUUACAAAAGUAUCUAUAUCCACAGUAAAACGAGUCCUAUAUCGACAACCUGAAUGGCCGCUCAGCAAGGAAGAAGCCACUGCUCCAAAACUAAAACCGCCAUUAAAAAAGCCAGACUACAGUUUGCAACUGCACAUGGGGACAAAGAUCAUACUUUUUGGAGAAAUGUCCUCUGGUCUGAGGAAACAAAAAUAUAACUGUUUGUCCAUAAUGACCAUCGUUAUGUUUGGAGGAAAAAGGGGGUUGCUUGCAAGCCGAAGAACACCAUCCCAACCGUGAAGCACGGGGGUGGCAGUGUCUUGCUGUGGGGGUGCUUUGCUGCAGGAGGGACUGGUGCACUUCACAAAAUAGAUGGCAUCAUGAGGAAGGAAAAUUAUGUGGAUAUAUUGAAGCAACAUGGGUCUUCCAAAUGGACAAUGACCCCAAGCAUACUUCCAAAGUUGUGGCAAAAUGGCUUAAGGACAACAAAGUCAAGGUAUUGGAGUGGCCAUCACAAAGCCCUAACCUCAAUCCUAUAGAACAUUUGUGGGCAGAACUGAAAAAGCGUGUGCGAGCAAAUUAGGCAUACAAACCUGACUCAGUUACACCAGCUCUGUCAAGAGGAAUGGGCCAAAAUUCCCCCAACUUAUUGUGGGAAGCUUGUGGAAGGCUACCCGAAAUGUUUGACCCAAGUUAAACAAUUUAAAGGCAAUGCUACUAAAUACUAAUUGAGUAUAUAGUGUAUGUAAACUUCUGAUCCACUGGGAAUGUGAUAAAAUAAAUAAAAGCUGAAAUAAAUCAUUCUCUCUCAACUAUUAUUCUGACAUUUCACAUUCUUAAAAUAAAGUUGUGAUCCUAACUGACAUAAGACAGGGAAUAUUUCAGUUUCUUGGCAAUUUCUCGCAUGGAAUAGCCUUCAUUUCUCAAAGCAAGAAAAUACUGACGAGUUUCAGAAGAAAGUGAUUUGUUUCUGGCCAUUUUGAGCCUGUAAUCGAACCCACAAUUGCUGUUUCUCCAGAUACUCAACUAGUCUCAAGAAGGCCCGUUUUUAUUGCUUUUUUUAAUCAGCACAACAGUUUUCAGCUGUGCUAACAUAAUUGCAAAAGUGUUUUCUAAUGAUCAAUUAUCCUUUUUAAAAUGAUAAACUUGGAUUAGCAAACACAACGUGCCAUUGGAACACAGGACUGAUGUUUGCUGAUAAUGGGCCUCUGUACGCCUAUGUAGAUAUUCCAUAAAAAAAUCUGCCGUUUCCAUCUACAAUAGCCAUUUACAACAUAAGUGUCUACACUGUGUUUCUGAUCAAUUUGAUGUUAUUUUAAUGGACAGAAAAAUUGCUUUUCUUUCGAAAACAAUGAACUUUCUAAGUGACCCCAAACUUUUGCACUGUAGUGUGUGUUUAUAUAUGAUUGGAAAUGAUGCAGAUUGUGGCUUCCAUCAAUGUACAUUUACAUUUACAUUUUAGUCAUUUUGCAGACGCUCUUAUCCAGAGCGACUUGCAGUUAGUGAGUGCAUACAUUUUUAUUUUUUAUACUGGAAUCGAACCCACAACCCUGGCGUUGCAAAUGCCAUGCUCUACCAACUGAGCUACAUCCCUGCCGGCCAUUCCCUCCCCUACCCUGGACGACGCUGGGCCAAUUGUGCGCCGCCCCAUGGGUCUCCCGGUCGCGGCCGGCUACGACAGAGCCUGGAUAAUUGUCUAUCUGCAAUAUUAAAGCUGAUCUACCCCCCUAAAAUAAAAAAAUAAAUAAAGUUUGCUACCUAGACACAUUUUCCCGUUAGCUAGUGAUAGUGAUUCACAAACUAGUCCUAUUUGAAUGAAACAUCGCCGCCAUCUCCAGGCAGCAUUUACCGGCUAGAUUCAGUAGCUUGAAAAUCCCUAAAAGGGCCGUUCCACGAGAUGAGUGGUUUUUGUGUCCCUUUUGAUAUUUUAAGUAGAAAUUGUUCACCAAUAUUGAAUUUAAAAGCCUGUUAUAUUAAAUGAAGUGCCAUUUAAUAUAGACCACAUUGAGAAUUCAAUAAAUAUUUUUAAUAUGAAUAAAUACUUGCUAAAGUGCCAAAAUUCAGCAUUUUGACAUGUCCCUCCAUGCACCCUCUGUUACUUCUAGAAAGAUUUUAACCCAUGUAAAUUUCUCCAAGUUUACACCAUCUUUGUAUAGCCCUAGUUAUUUUGUUGCUUUGACAGUAAUUUCUAAAGAUUAUUAUUUAUUUCAUGUGAUUUAGUGAUUUCAUUUACAUCUGCCCCUCAUUUUAAGGACAAUCCUUUUACGUGAACUGAACUCUUGUUUUAAUAUGGUAAAAAUAUUUUUUACCAAAAGAAACAUUGAACAUCUAAUAGUGAAAUUAUUGAGUAAAAACAGGUGAGCUAGUUCUACUCUUUUUGCCAUUUUGUGAUAGAAAACUAAGUGGGUCGAGCAUAACAGAUCAACCCUGUUACCCAUAGAAUGUUUUAAGUUUUGUAUAUUUUUAUGAAGCUUAACUGUUGCACACAAUAAGCUUCCAAGGGGAUUUAUGGCUGAUUUUGAAGAUGAAAUCGUCAACCCUGUUACUUUAUUUGGCACUUAAUAGGCACUUAUGCUACUAGUCUUCUUUUUUUUUCUUAACCUCUUGUAAUAAUUUUUUUUAAUGGAGUUGAGCAUGUGCUCUUUGACAAUGUUAAAAUUAGGUGAAAUCAAAUGUUGUUUUUUAACAAAUUACACUACUUAAAAGGCACUGAAAUGGUGGAACAACCCAAAGAAGCUUCAAAACCCCAUUCUAUUUUGGCCACAGUUAAAAGAAAAUACUAAAACUGAACGUAAUUAUGAUGUUUUUUAUUUGAGUUAGUUUUGGAGUCCAAGAUAAUAGUUUCAGUUUUUCAAACGGGUUUGUUCGUUAUUAAAUUGUACAAAAUUAUCUUCAUGAUUAGUUUACAUUUUGUAUUUCCGUUUUCAUUUACUAUAACAACUUUGGUAGUAGCUCUGACUGGUACAGGCCUCUGUCUUUACCUUAUCUUACUUUUGUUGGAUCAUUGCACAUUCAUUCUCAACAAAUUUUUUCACAGCUUUGACUUCUGCACAGAUAACGUGGAGAGGAGACCGUCUGAGAACCUGGGCCAGGUGCUAUUUGGCGAGAGAAUUGAGACCUCGCCAUACAAGGUAGGGGACCUCUGUCAUCACAGGUUUCAUUGAUAGUCUGGCAUUUACCACCAGGAUUUAAUUACCCUAAAGGUCCUCUGGGCCCAGCUUUUCAGGUAUUGUGUUCCAUUGUUUUCUGUUGCUCAAUCUCUCCAGGCAAGACCGGCUAUUCAAUCUGUCUUGACUGCCCUGUUCUUCCUGUUAUACCCAGUAUGUCUUACUCUUCAUGGCAGUGUCAAGAGUUUUAAUUCUUCACUUUCCCUCAGUUCUCAUUCAAAAAAGACGAGAAAUGCCAGAAAUUGUGCACCAAAACCUAUGUGAAGGGUAAAACCGAGGAUAAGAACAUGCUGGACUUCCUCAAGAGAGGAAUGCAGUUGAACUACCAGCACCAUUGGUGAGCUAAUCAUUCUCCUUCUCAUCAAUAGGUUGAGAUACUUGUAGGUAAUUCUACAGAAAUGGGUCUGCUUACCCCCAAGCAUAGGUAGGGCCCCUUAGCAUGAUACGAAUCCUAUACAACAUGUUAACACUAUUUUUGCACAGCAUUUGGUUAGACCGAGAUGGAUGAACGGGAGACAGAUUUGUUUCAACUAAAUCACUUGCAGGGCUUUUCCAGUUUAUUUAGAGAGCGAGUGUUUUUAACUGGGUUUAACAAAAUGUGUGUGUUUUUGUUUUCAGGAUUGUUGACAACAUGCCAGUCACCUGGUGCUAUGAGGUGGAAGACAGUCAGAAAUACUGCAAUCCUGGAUUUCCCAUUGGCUGCCUCAUCACCUCCGAGGGGCGGCCUAAAGAUGCCUGUGUCAUCAAUGUGAGCCAUACUGUUACAAUAUCUCACACACAGGAUGGUUGCCCAACAUCUAUCUGAUAACACCAGAGAUUGCAGCUAUGCCAAUUCUAGUUCAAGCCAGGCUGUGUUGUGAAAUGGUAAUAUAAUAACACCAUUAGGUUGGACCAUGACUGAGCUGUGCCGUUUUAUAAUAGCACUAAUGAUAACCUGCUUUGGAUGUAGUUGUGUUUAGUAUUUUUUUCCACCUUUAUUUAACCAGGUAAGCCAGUUGAGAACAAGUUCUUAUUUACAACUGCGACCUGGCCAAGAUAAAGCAAAGCACUGCGAUUUAAAAACAACAACACAGUUACACAUGGGAUAAAACAAAACAUAGUCAAUAACACAAUAGAAAAUCUAUAUACACUGUGUGCAAAUGUAGCAAGUUAUGGAGGUAAGGCAAUAAAUAGGCCAUAGUGCAAAAUAAUUACAAUUUAGUAUUAACGCUAGAGUGGUAGAUGUGCAGAGGAUGAUGUGCAAAUAGAGAUACUGGGGUGCAAAUGAGCAAAAUAAAUAACAAUAUGGGGAUGAGGUAGUUGGGUGGGCUAAUUACAGAUGGGCUGUGUACAGGUGCAGUGAUCGGUAAGCUGCUCUGACAACUGAUGCUUAAAGUUAGUGAGGGAGAUAAGAGUCUCCAGCUUCAGAGAUUUCUGCAGUUCGUUCCAGUCAUUAGCAGCAGAGAACUGGAAGGAAUGGCGGCCAAAGGAGGUGUUGGCUUUGGGGAUGACCAGUGAGAUAUACCUGCUGGAGCGCAUACUACGGGUGGGUGUUGCUAUGGUGACCAAUGAGCUAAGAUAAGGCGGGGAUUUGCCUAGCAGUGAUUUAUAGAUGACCUGGAGCCACUGGGUUUGGCGACGAAUAUGUAGUGAGGGCCAGCCAACGAGAGCGUAAAGGUCACAAUGGUGGGUAGUAUAUGGGACUUUGGUGACAAAACGGAUGGCACUGUGAUAGACUACAUCCAAUUUGCUGAGUAGAGUGUUGGGAGCUAUUUGGUAAAAAACAUCGCCGAAGUCAAGGAUCGGUAGGAUAGUCAGUUUUACGAGGGCAUGUAUGCACUAUGUAAUCUGGGGUAAUUGACUGGCAUCUUAUGUCUUUCAGGGUGAGUUCAACAAGAAGGACACAUUUUACGUCUUCAACCACGUGGACAUCAAACUUACCUACCACAAUGGGGAGGGGGAGGGGUGGAGAGGAGCUCGCUUGGUGGCAGCCACACUGGAGCCCAAGAGGUAAGAAUUUCAGAUGGGCAGAUGGAGUGUAAAUCGGGUGAUGUAUAAGCAGAUUUAUUCCAUUUUCAUUAGCAGCACUUUAACUUAUUGUCGCUGGUGCUUCCAUAGGUGUCCAUGAAUAUGCACUGUUCUAUACUCAUUGAACAACUGUUGGCCACGUAUGUUUGUUUCAUUUUAUUGUUAAUCAGUGUAAUUUCCACAUUUCACCAGAGGAGGCCGAAACUCCUACUUUUUUGCACUGCUGUAUCUGGCAUGCAUAAAUUAAAUUUGCCAAGCAUCAUUUGGUAAAUGAGUUGUCAUUUCAAUUGUUAUGGCCUGAUUUCCAAAUGUCCAAACUUCAGGCAAUUAUCCAAUCCAUUAAACCAGAUUUAUGAAUAUGUUUGAUUUAAUUCUCAGUUUUAGCACUCAUCUGUAUAGACAAGCAGAGUUUCAUAUGAAGCACUGGAAGGCCCCCACCUUUAUAAUACUUUUUGAUAGGGUUUUGUGUUGUAGCUAGUGAUCUUAUGUGUGAUUGACAGUUUCAACAAUGCUGGUGCUGACAAACCGACAUGUGAAGGCCGUCCCAUGGAGGUUCCUGUACUGUUUAACAGUGACGUGAAAAUCACCUACACCUACUCUGUCACCUUCGAGGUACGUUAGAAUAUUUAACCACGUACAAGUACACUAUAUGAAUGUGUUUGGGAAAUAGCAUAGUUCAUAGAAGCAUUAAAGUAUUCUCUUUCACAAAUAAUAAUUUCUUAAUUCACAGGAAAACAAUGCCAUCAAGUGGGCCUCCAGAUGGGACUACAUUUUGGUCUCCAUGCCUCACACCAACAUCCAGUGGUUCAGGUAUGUUAGGUCUCAGGUACGUUAGGUCUCGCAACACUCAGCCCUGUUAAGGGACUUACAGCACAGAAGUAGAGAAUGUCUAACAGGCCUUCUCUGAGGAAGCCCUUCCUUAUGUCCGAAUCAGCAGACAACUGUUAUGUAAACACCAGCCUCUCUGAGGAAGCCCUUCCUUCUGUCCGAAUCAGCAGGCAACUGUUCUGUAAACACCAGCCUCUCUGAGGAAGCCCUUCCUUCUGUCCGAAUCAGCAGGCAACUGUUCUGUAAAGACCAGCCUCUCUGAGGAAGUCCUUCCUUAUAUCCUAAUCAGCAGACAACUGUUCUGUAAUCACCAGCCUGAGAGACUUGUAUGAAGUCAAAACCAAAAGGCAGUGACGUUGUCAGCUGCUACAGAAUCAGUGUGUCAUACAAUAAUAAUCAAAAGUCCUCGGUCCGUGUACCUCCAGUCAAUCACUAUCAACAGAUAUGAUUUUAAUCCAUAACAUACAGCAUCUAGUCUAGUGACCAUCAACCUGCACCUUAAAUGUCACAUAUAGAACACUGGAAAUCAUGUGUGUAACAGAAACUCCAAAUAUGCUAAACAUUGUGUUGAUCACUCUAAAUGUAAUAGGAACUUUAGUCAUGUUAAAUAUUCCCAUUCCAGUGCUGUUAUACAGUAGAUUAGAAUAUGGUGCUCCUCUGCUGCUGUGAGUCAUGUUAAUGGUGUAUGGCUUGUGUUCUUUCCAGCAUCAUGAACUCUCUAGUCAUCGUGCUUUUCCUGUCUGGCAUGGUGGCUAUGAUAAUGCUGAGGACCCUGCACAAGGACAUCGCCAGGUACAACCAGGUGGACCAGGUAAAGAAACACACACAGCAGCUCUUUGAGACACUCACUUACCAUCUCACUUCUCUGACUGUCAAACUAUAGGAUAGUAUGAAACCAAGUUCACGUACAGAGAAAAAUAACCAGAUUAUUCAAUUGUGUUCUAUUGUAUGCAAAGGAAUCCUUCAGGAGUGAAUGGGGCAGAUAGACAAGGCAGAGGAUUAAUCUGCCAAAAGUCAUUUGUGUUCUGUAUGUUGCCGAACCACAAGCAUGAAACCUUUGUUGUAACGUUUCACAUUCACAGAAAGACUUGAUAAAGGCUCCACCACCACAAGGAACAUUAAUAUUCUAUGUAAGCUUAUCGAAAGCCAUUUGAGCACAACUGGGGAAUGGUGGUGUGAUUUUUGGGAGCUACCUCUUGAAGUGUCAUAACUUGUAAACCUUUAAAAUGUGGUGUAGUGAAGGCCAUCAUUUACAGCUGCAUUUGGGCUAAACUGAGAGUUCAUGUCUGCACCAUAUUUUACAGCCAUUGGGUAACAUGGUAACGUCAUGUGUCUUCAUGUGGUUUUUGCUACACUAGCAGGUGUUAGACGAGCUGGAAGAUAGGAUAAUGACUCACUCUUGGUGAUUGGCUGAUCCGUAACGAAGCAAUUUGAAUAUGCAUAACUUUCACCAUUCUCUUGGUUCUGAUUGAUUGUGGUGCACUCUAACCCAACAGGAUGAUGCUCAGGAGGAGUCUGGGUGGAAGCAGGUGCACGGGGAUGUGUUCAGGCCUCCUACGAAGGGCAUGAUGCUUUCUGUGUUCCUCGGCCAGGGAACCCAGAUCUUCAUCAUGACUUUCAUCACCCUCUGUAAGUAACUCUUCCUCGGAUGGUUUAAUAAGCAACGUAAAAUCACAAUUCAUUACAGCAUCUUCAGAAGAUGGUUUAUUCAACAUGAACUCAAGUCUACAUGACCUAUCGGGAAGAGUUUAUAAUAGUGGUAGUAUUACUGUAGUGGUAGCAUUCUCUGUAGUGAUGGUGACGUCGGUUUGACUCCUCUAGUCCUGGCCUGCCUGGGGUUCCUGUCUCCAGCUAACCGGGGGGCUCUGAUGACCUGUUCUGUGGUGCUGUGGGUUCUGUUGGGGACCCCUGCAGGAUACGUGUCAGCACGCCUCUAUAAGAGUAAGCCCCAUUUACAUACUCAUCAACGAGCCACAUGUGAGUUAAUUUAAUAAGAUUGAGUUUGAGAAAGGAACGAUAUGAAUGCAAAUCAGAUCAUUGUCAUUUCAGGCCUACAGUUAUCUGGACAGUAUGAGAUUCCCUCCAACCAUUCAGUUAGAAAUGUAUUUCUGCCUGAAUAGACUCUAUUCUGUAUGCCCUGCUUAUAGCUUAUGAUUUUAACCCUUAUUUCCCUGUGUGUCCUCAGCUUUCGGUGGUGAGAAAUGGAAGCUCAAUGUCCUGUUGACAGCACUGUUGUGUCCAGGGUAGGUCAGCUGUUCGCUGUAUACUGUAACAUCCAAAGCUGCCUUCGUUUGACAUUCUCCUUAACAGGGAGAUAUGUACAGAGGCUUCACAUCUGUCUCUCCCUCUCCUCUUCUCUCCCUUCCCCAGGAUUGUGUUUGCAGACUUCUUCCUGAUGAACUUGAUCUUGUGGGUGGAAGGGUCGUCGGCUGCCAUCCCCUUUGGCACGCUGGUGGCCAUCUUAGCUCUGUGGUUUGGCAUCUCCGUGCCCCUCACCUUCAUCGGUGCCUACUUCGGCUUCAAGAAACCUGUGAGUCUAAAAUCAGAUCCCCCUCUGUCCAUGACAUCUUAUUCAUUAUGAUCUAAAUGGCAAAACUGAUCCUAGAUCAGCACAAUACUUUGAGAUGGAUUAUGAAUACGGGCCCUGAUAUUUUGUCCACGUUAAAAGUCAGCCCUUUCUAAUAUGGCGUACCAUUUUCCAUUUCUUGAUGAGUUGCCACCACUCUCUCUUGCGCCAUUCUACAGGCCAUUGAGCAGCCGGUGAGAACCAACCAGAUCCCCAGACAGAUCCCAGAACAGUCCUUCUUCACCAAGCCUGUCCCCGGGAUCAUCAUGGGGGGCAUCCUGCCCUUCGGCAGCAUCUUCAUCCAGCUCUUCUUCAUCCUCAAUAGCAUCUGGUAGGAAGCCAUGUGUCUGUCACCUGUCCGACCGUCUGUCUGCGUCUUAUCUUUCUGGUAGAAGCAACUCGCCUACUGGGAGUCUUGUUUGACUACGUUGAUUUGAUGAAAUAGUUAGUUCAAUGUUGUAUCUUUUUGUUCCAGGUCUCACCAGAUGUACUACAUGUUUGGUUUCCUCUUCCUGGUCUUCAUCAUCCUCCUCAUCACCUGCUCUGAGGCCACCAUCCUGCUAUGCUACUUCCACUUGUGUGCAGAGGUGAGAGGAAAUUAUUAUAUUCCCGGUGCCUUCUCUCAGAAUAAUGACCUACUGAAACGUAUAGGUGUAAAUGACUGAAAUGUGGAUUAUGGUGUACUAGGAAACACCAUUACAAACAUUUUCCAGGGUAACUGUUUCAACCAUAAUGGCAAAAGUAAUGAAAGUAUUUUAAAAUCAGAAUGUCAGUCAGAAUGUCUGUAGCCUAACCUUGUGUUUCCUGUAGGACUAUCACUGGUGGUGGCGCUCGUUCCUGACCAGCGGCUUCACGGCGGUCUACCUGUUUGUCUACGCAGUCCACUACUUCUUCUCUAAGCUGCAGAUCGUUGGAGCUGCCAGCACCAUCCUCUACUUUGGCUACACCGCCAUCAUGGUGCUCAUAUUCUUCCUCUUCACAGGUGAGUGAACUGGGAACAUUGUGUAAGCAAGGUUUUUGACUGUGAUACUAAAACAGGUCGGUGUACAUCUCAAUGGCAUUGGCUUGUAUUAUUUGCAAAGACCCGUCCUGUUGUUUGUUCAUGGACUAUGGUUACGAGAGAUUAACCCACCCAUCCUUCAACGCUAAGUACCUACAGUAGGUGGGAACAUGCUGCUUGCAGUUUUAUGAAUGGCGGUGACAAAUCCUCUGGAGUAGCGAUCUGUCCCAGAGGCAUUGUGUUGUAAAGACUAUACCAGAGGGAGAAGGAUGUGGGGAUCGGAAUGGAAAUCGCUUAGUGUUUGAAGAAGCUGGUUGAUUAACAUCAGAAGGGACUGCUCAGCCAUCCCUGUACACAUUUACUAGAAUGCUAGUAAAUGUUUACUAUCCUGUUCCAGUGACGACAUAGACCUAGGAAUACACUAGUAUUGCGCAAGUGUUGUUUGCUCAACCCCCCCGUGACAGGUGUCACACCUCUGGUUCCUCUAGUUUUACUGGCAGUACAGCUGCACUGUGCUUAAUGCACUUAAACAGACUUUUACCUGUUUUAGCAUAAUCUUAAAGAGGUCUCAUUGGAGAUGCUGGAGUGGAUCCUUGAAACUGAGACCAAAUAAAGGCUAUUAUUUUUGCUUAAUCUUAAUGGUAAAUGAACGGUAGUUUGUAGUCUUAAUGUGGUAAUUUAUACGGCAGAGGAAUACAAAUCAGUCUUCUAAAUCGGUUGUAUUUAGUGACUUUCCCUCUUCCUGGUUCCUGUGCCAAGUUUGGCACUGAGCAGCUCAUUCAUAUGCUGAGAGGAGGGAGGAAGGCCAGACAGACCGUGUUACACACUGUAAACUCCUCCCACUCUGCUUCAUGGAAAAGAGCUGGUCAUAGGAGCUGUGGCGUAACAGCACUCAGCCAUGCUCUCUGGCCACCUCUCCAUGUUCCUGCUCAUAAAUUAUAUAUGUUCAUGGAUAGUGUUCAUCAAACCUGAUUCAAUACAUUUUAGCCAAGCUCCAGGUCAGCAGACCCUCCCCCGGUCUCCUCAGUGAGACAUUUGACUGGACUUGAGCUAUUAUUAGCGCUGUUAAAACGGAGCACGCGUGUGAUUUAGGUCAUCAGCAAACGAAUACCAGACUUAUUUAGGCAUUGCUGCUUGUACUAGUUGAUUUAUGGUUAGCCCUCUUAUAGGUAUCGGUUUUAGUGAGAGGGGUAGCUUUCGUCUCCUAGAAAAUAAACGUGAGGCAGCGCCCAAUUUACCGGUUGCCAUGGAUUCUAAUAGAUGCACCAGCAUCCCUGACUACGGCUGUUAUGGCAACUUCCCCUCGCCGGCACUCGAAAUAUAUAGCUGUGUACCAGGAAGAGAGCAAUGUGGGCGUUUACUGGGCAUCCACACACAACAAGGCUACAGUGAACAGACCUGCCUCGCUCCCUCUGUCCUUACUGUGAUGUGGACCGGGUUGACGUGGUAAUGACAUUCUUUGGCCCCGUCUGGCCUUUGCUUACACACACACACACACACACAACGUGACCUAGGACACAAUUUAAAGAAAGUCAAUACAAAACUACCACUGAAGCAAUGAGUUUCUCUCUCUCCCGAAAUAUAAUAUAGACCUAUGGUCUUAUGGUGACAUUCUCAUAGCAGCGGGAUCCUAAUAAAUCAAGUCAAAAUCAUAGGCAUUUGCAGUCUUAAGGGCCAGAUGUAGCCUAUAUCGGCGGAGCAGUGUCGGCCCCUGUCUUAAGACUGGGAUAUGCAGUAUUGGGAUGGGCUGGCAGAAGAUCAUCGCUACCGAAAAGAAAUCCAAUGAAAAAUAUCUUCAUUCUCUCGCUCAGGGUCUUCAUGGUUGUCGCCUACUGCCUUGGCAGACUUGUGGUUUCAUCCGAUUGUUUCCAGCCCCCUCUUUCAAUAGGAGCUCAAUUUGGUGGUGUUGAGUGAUAGGGAGCCGGGUGGCUGUAAGACAGGGUUAUUUUGUGAGCCUGUCCUCCUGUGCUCUUUCAGUAGUUUAUUUUGUAUUCCUUUGUUUCUGGUCCCCUCCUUUGUUUCGUGUGCCUCACUGCUGAAAUCAUCCCUGUGUAAAUGAAACCGCAGCACGUUCAAAAGCCACGGGCCCAUGUCCUCUGCCUUACCCAGGUGUUUCAAUAGGCUGAUGUGGAUGCUUGCACGAUUACAAAUUCACAAAGUUUUUACCAGUUCAGUGUCCUUACGUGACUCUUGAAAGGGCAGUGUGCAAUAUACACUAAGGAUACCAAACAUGAGGAACACCUUCCUAAUAUUGAGUUGCACUCCCUUUUGCGCUCAAGAACAGCCUCAAUUCUUCAGGUCAUGGACUCUACAAGGUGUCAAGUGUUCCACAGGGAUGCUGGCCCAUGUUGACUCCAAUGCUUCCCACAGUUGUAUCAAGUUGGCUGGAUGUCCUUUGGGUGUUGGACCAUUCUUGAUACACACGGUAAACUGUUGAGCGUGAAAAACCCAUAAGAGUUGCAGUUCUUCACAUAAACCGGUGCGCGUGGCACCUCCUACCAUACCUAGUUCAAAGGCACUUCAAUCUUUUGUCUUUCCCAUUCACCCACUGAAUGGCACACAUACACGAUAGUCUAAAUUGUGUCAAGUCUUAAAAAUCCUUCAUUAACCUGUCUCCUCCCCUUCAUCUACACUGAUUUUGAAGUGGAUUUAACAAGUGACAUCAGUAAGGGAUCAUAGCUUUCACCUGGAUUCACCUGGGCAGUCUGUCAUGUUCUUAAUGUUUUGUAUACUCGGUGUAUGUACCGUAUAAUGUAUGUACAGGGAACUGCCAAAAUAAAUUAAACACUAAUAUAAAGUGCCUUGAUAGGGCGUUGAGCCAGAACAGCUUCAAUGCACCUUGGCAUACACUAUAUAUACAAAAAUAUGUGGACACCGCUUCAAAUUAGUGGAUUCUGCUAUUUCAACCACACCCGUUGCUGACAGGUGUAUAAAAUCAAGCACACAAUCAAUCUCCGUAGACAAAGGUUGGCAGUAGAAUGGCCUUACUGAAGAGCUUAGUGACUUUGAACGUGGCACUGUCAUAGAAUGCCACCUUUCCAACAAGUCAGUUCGUUAGAUUUCUGCCCUGCUAGAGCUGCCCCGGUCAACUGUCAGUGCUGUUAUUGUGAAGUGGAAAUGUCUAGGAGCAACAAUGGCUCAGCCGCGAAGUGGUAGGCUACACAAGCUCACAGAACGGGAGUGCUGUAGCGCCUGUCCUUGUUUGCAAUACUCCCUACCGAGUUCCAAACUGCCUCUGGAAGCAACGUCAGCACGAGAACUGUACGUCGGGAGCUUCAUGAAAUGGGUUUCCAUGGCCGAGCAGCCGCAGACAAGCCUAUGAUCACCAUGUGCAAUGCCAAGCGUCGGCUGGAGUGAUGUAAAGCUCGCCGCCAUUGGACUCUGGAGCAGUGGAAACGCGUUCUCUGGAGUGAUGAAUCACGCUUCACCAUCUGGCAGUCCGACGGAUGAAUCUGGGUUUGGCGGAUGCCAGGAGAACGCUACCCGCCCCAAUGCAUAGUGCCAACUGUAAAGUUUGGUGGAGGACGACUAAUGGACUGGGGCUGUUUUUCAUCGUUCGGGCUAGGCCCCUUAGUUCCAGUGAAGGGAAAUGUUUACGCUACAGCAUACAGUGACAUUCUAGACUAUUCUGUGCUUCCAACUUUGUGGCAACAGUUUGGGGAAGGCCCUUUCCUGUUUCAGCAUGACAAUGCCCCUGUGCACAAAGCGAGGUCCAUACAGAAAUGGUUUGUCGAGAUCGGUGUGGAAGAACUUGACUGGCCUGCACACAGCCCUGACCUCAACCCCAUCGAACACCUUUGGGAUGAAUUGGAAGACCGACUGCGAGCCAGGCCUAGUCGUCCAACAUCAGUGCCCGACCUCACAAAUGCUCUUGUGGCUAAAUGGACGCAAGUCCCCGCAGCAAUGUUCCAACAUUUAAUGGAAUGCCUUCCCAGAAGAGCGGAGGCUGUUUAUAGCAGCAAAAGGGGGACCAACUCCAUAUUAAUGCCCAUGAUUAUGGAAUGAGAUGUUCGACCAGCUUCGACAAGCAGGUGUCCACAUACCUUUGGUCAUGUUGUGUAGAUUCUACAAGUGUCUGGAAUUCUAUUGGAGGGAUGUGACACCGUUCUUCCUAUAGAAAUUCCAUAAUUUGGUGUUUGUUGUUGGUGAUAGAUAUCGCGGUCUCAGGCGACGCUCCAUAAUCUCCCAUAAGUGUUCUGUUUGGUUGAGGUCUGGUGACUGAGACGGCCAUGGCAUAUGGCUUACAUCGUUUCCAUGCUUAUCAAACCAUUCAGUGACCACUCGUGCCCUGUGGAUGGGGUCAUUGUCAUCCUAUGGGGGGGCAUUGCCAUGGUAGCCAAAAUAAUGGCCUGCCUAGCAUUUUUAUACAUGACCCUAAGCAUGAUGGGAUGCUAAUUGCUUAAUUAAUUCAGGAACCACACCUCUGUGGAAGCAUCUGCUUUGUAUCCGUAAUUUCUCAAGUGUUUCCAUUUAUUUUGGCAGCAACCUGUAUGUGGCUGUAAAAGACGUGUACAGUUUGUAUGACAUGGGUGUAAUGUGCAAUGUAUGUACAGUCCUUCAGAAAGUACUCACACCCCUUUUACUUUUCCACAUUUUGCUAAAUUACAGCCUGAAUUUAAAAUGGAUGAAAUGUAGUUUUUUUUUUGUUACUGGCCUACACGCAAUACCCCAUAAUGUCAAAGUGGAAUUAUGUUUUUAGACAUUUUCACAAAUUAAUGAAAAGCUGAAAUGUCUUGAGUCAAUAAGUAUUCAACCCCUUUGCUAUGGCAAGCCUAAAUACGUUCAGGAGUAAACAUUUCACAUAAAUUGCAUAAAUAGUGUUUAACAAUUUUUGAAUGACUACCUCAAUCUGUACCCAACACAUACAAUUAUCUGUAAGGUCCCUCAGUUGAGCAGUGAUCAAACACAGUCAAACACAGGCUGAACAGUCAAACACAGAUUCAACUACAAAGACCAGGGAGGUUUUCCAAUGCCUCGCAAAGAAGGCCACCUAUAGAGUACCACAGUAUGAGUCAUAAUACCCAUAAAACCUAGCGGUCAAACAAGGAAAUGGUUCCAAUCGUUUUUCCACCAUUCAUUUUUCCCAUAGGGUAUUUUAGAAACACUGGAGAAAAAAAGUGCUGUGUUUUGUGUAGGCUUACCCUGGCGUGACAUUUUGAUAACCGUGUAAAUCUCUCUAGGACAAGGUCUUUUAUCAAUGUAUUUGCCUCCAAAAAAUGAAAUGCUAAUGUGGCUAUCAUAAAGAACUACAAAUGACAUGAUGAUCUGGACUAGACUGCCGAAUCGAGGCAAAGUUAAGAAUCUCUGGAUUAACUAUCCAAUGUUAGAUACAUUUAGUAAUGAAUAAAUUGGCAACAUUUCUUUAAAUUGACAAUUAUGUGAACUGUCUUGUGCAUGUUUUAAAUGUACACUAUGUGUUAGCUAAGGUGUCAGCUAGAUGAUGUGCAGGAGCUUGCAGGGAUUUGUAGUCUUGCGUGAUGUCUACUUUGACGCUAAUUAGCAUUUUUGAACCAUAGAGUAAAUGGAGCCGACUAUAUUGAUAAGUCACCUUGUCCGAGAAAGAUUUACAUGCUUAUCAAAACGGCACGCCAAGGUAAGCCUACACAAAACACAGCCCUGUAUUUUAAGUGUUUCUAAAAUUCCCUAUGGGGAAAAAUUAAUGGUGGGAAAAUGAUUAGAGCCAUUUCCCUGUUUGACUGCUAGGUUUUAUGGGUAUUAUGACACCUCCACUGUGGGGCUCGAUUGAUAGAUGGGUAAAAAAAAAAAAAAAGCAGACACUGAAUAUCCCUUUGAGCAUGGUGAAGUUAUUAAUUACACUUUGGGUGGUGUAUCAAUACACCCAUUCACUACAAAGAUACAGGCGUCCUUCCUAACUCCGUUGCCGGAGAGGAAGGAAACCGCUCAGGGAUUUCACCAUCAGGCCAAUGUUGACUUUAAAAGAGUGUUUAAUUUCUGUGAUAGGAGAACAUUUAGGAUGGAUCAACAUCCAUUGUAGGUACUCCACAAGACUAACCUAAUUGACAGAGUGAAAAGGAAGCCUGCACAGAAAUAUUCCAAAACAUGGAUCUUGUUUGCAUCAAGGCACUAAAGUAAUACUGAAAAAAGAAUUCGGCAAAGCAAUACUUUUCUGGUCCUGAAUACAAAGUGUUAUGUUUGGGGCAAAACACAACACAUUACUGAGUACCACUCUCCAUAGAUCAUGUUAUGGCUAUGCUUGUAAUCAUGAAGGACUGAGGAGUUUUUCAGGAUAAACAAUGGACCUAAGCACAGGCAAAAUCCUAGACGAAAACCUGGUUGUCUGCUUUCCACCAGACACUGGGAGAUUAAUUCACCUUUCAGCAGAACAAUAACUUAAAACACAAGGCCAAAUCUACUGUACACUGGAGUUGUUUACUAAGAAGACACUGAAUGUUCCUGAGUGGCCGAGUUACAGGUUUGACUUAAAUCGACUUGAAAAUAAAUGGCAAGACCUGAAAAUGGUUGUCUAGCAAUGAUCAACAAUCAAUUUGACAGAGCUUGAAGAAUUUUGAAAAGGAUAAUGCGGGAAUGUUGCACAAUCCACGUGUGGAAAGCUUUUUAGAGACUUACCCAGAAAGACUAACAGCUGUAAUCACUGCGAAAGGUGCUUCUACAAAGAUUAAAUUAAAAAUGAAAAAAGUAUUGACUCAGGUGUGUGAAUACUUAUGUAAAUGAGAUGUCUGUAUUUCAUGUUUUCACUUUGUCAUUAUGGGGUAUUGUGUAUAGAUGGGUGAGAUUAAAAUAUAUAUAUAUUUAAUCGAUGUUGUAUUCAGGCUGUUACAGCAGUGGAAUAAUUAAAGGGGUAUGAAUACUUCCUGAAGGCACUGUAUUAUACUGAGUGUGUAAUGUACAGUGUUUAUUUUGUAUACAGCAGUACUGUGUCUUAAGAAUCCCCCCCCAUCUUCCUCCUCAGGCACCAUUGGCUUCUUUGCCUGCUUCUGGUUUGUAAGUAAAAUCUACAGCGUGGUCAAGGUGGACUAACGGAUGGAGGGCCGGACUCCCUGCUCUCACAGUGCAGAGCUUCUACAGUGACCGCUUUGAGGAAAGGAAGCCCUUUUGAAUGACUUGAAACAUCACAUAUCUCAGAAAAUAUCUGGAGAGGAGAGGCCCUCAAACUUGAUAUGUUGCUGUCGUAAUUAUUUUAGCUUUUACCGUCUGUCUAACAUUAAUUGACGUUUUUGAUUUGACUUGCACCUUGAUCUCCGAGGUGCGUUCCAAAGAUCUAAGUUAGCGGGCGACUGGUUAGGGGAAGGUGGUGAAGGAUGAACCGAAAUGCAUUUAUUUUCCAUUUCUAAUGUAAAAAAAAAAAGAUCUUUAUUUUAUUUAGCUUUUAUAUUCUCAGAAACCCAAACGUCUAUUUUUGUUUUUCACCAACUCUGCUGUAUUGAGAAUAUAUAAAUGUUGAUAUUUAAAGAAUGUCAGCUAUAUGGAACUGUCCUUUAUAUGUUUGGGGUUUGUUGUUUUUAUAUCUGUGAGGUGAAGACGGGCUGUAGAAUCCUAACCAUUAAUGACCUGUACUAUCGUUUUACAGCAAUGGAUACUGUAUAACUAUGACCCAGCCAUGAUGAAAUCUGUUUGUUCUUGUUAUUUUUAUGGCUAUAUUUUGGUUUAUAUGAAAAUAAGAACCUAGUUAGAAGCACAUCUUUAUGGUAGAUUAAUUUGCUAUAACAGUGGAAAUUUAAGGCCAAGCUUAUGACUCAUUGAUAUGAUUUUGUAUGUAUUGUAACAUCUCACAUGGCACAGGAGAAAGCACCUUGGUGGAUGAUGAUACAUAUGCAUUACAGUAUAACCGUUUAGACGUUUAUUUCUUAUUAGGUAACUUACUGUAACUAGAUCUAAAAAUCCUGCUGCUUUUUCUAUUUAUUAGUGCGGGGUCAUUACCUAAGGUGAAAACGUCUUUACAAAUAAAUACAUUUGAUUUAACUGGAAACUAAA